UCCCCACUCUGCCCUCUCUCAUCAAUACCAGCAGUAACAUUUUGUACAACCUGACAAGCAAACUACCAAUCACUGUAACCAUUCUUGGUGUCAUCAAGAAAAGAAAAAAAAUGGGGUGGAGUUGGCUCCUGGUUUUUAUCCUUUGGCAGAUGAUGACUCCAUCAGAAUCGGCGGCCAUUGCUGUGGGUGGUGGUGUUGGCAUUAAUAUUGGCGGUGGCGGCGGUGUUUGGGUUGGUGGAGGAAUCAACAACAACCCGACUCCAUCUGGCCCUUCAGCGUCAAAGCUCACCAGUGCUUACACUGCUCUCCAAGCUUGGAAAUCUGCCAUCACUGAUGAUCCAUUGGGUGUUUUGAAGACUUGGGAUGGCUUAGAUGUGUGUUCUUAUAAAGGGAUUUUUUGCUCAGAUCAACAAGGUGGAAUGGAUUCAUCAAAUGGACCGCCCGUGGUAGCCAUAGAUCUCAACCAUGCAAAUCUUCAAGGUACUCUAGUGAAGGAACUCUCAGUCUUUUCAGAUAUGUCAAUCUUCCAUCUCAACAGCAACAGGUUUUCAGGCACAAUCCCCGAUACUUUUAAAGACCUUUCAUCACUUCAAGAGUUAGAUCUCAGUGGCAACUAUUUCUCUGGUCCUUUUCCUAUGGUCACUUUAAAUAUGCCAAAUCUUGUUUAUUUGGACCUUAGGUUCAACACUUUCUCAGGAUCAAUCCCUGAAGGUCUUUUUAACAAGGGUCUUGAUGCCAUCUUCCUCAACAACAACCAGUUUGAAGGUGAACUUCCUUCAAACCUGGGGAACUCACCAGCCUCCGUGAUAAACUUGGCUAACAACAAAUUCAAUGGGAACAUACCAUCUAGUUUUGGGUUCAUGAGUUCUAAAUUGAAGGAGAUUUUGCUUUUGAAUAACCAGUUAACAGGCUGCAUCCCUCAAGAUGUUGGGAUGUUCUCAGAGAUGCAAGUAUUUGAUGUGAGCCGUAACUCACUCAUGGGUCAUUUGCCUGACUCCAUAUCUUGCUUGGGUGACAUUGAGGUUCUCAAUUUGGCACACAAUAAACUCUCUGGAGUGCUGCCUGACAUAGUUUGUUCUCUAAGGAGUCUUAUGAAUUUGACCGUUGCCUACAAUUUCUUCUCUGGGUUUGGCCAAGAAUGUUCCAAGUCUUUCUUUAGGGAUGUGGGUUUCGAUUACUCCGUGAAUUGCAUUCCAGGGAGAGACAUGCAGAGACCCCAACCUGAGUGCAGUUUUAUCCCUGGAAGUGGGUUGAGUUGCCUGAGAAUUCCUUCUCCACAGCCUCUGGUGUGUGGAGCAUUGAGUGGGAACUUGAAGCCUAAUCAAACCUCUUCAUCAUCAUCACCAUGAUUGUAUGUUGUUGGUGCCUGUCAAUUCUCCCAUUCAUUAAUAGCAAUUCAUUUGUUCAUGGAAUCAGUUGCAUCUUUCUAUUACUAUAUUGGUGUAGGAAGUAGGAACUAAAUCGAACCGAUGUCACGCAUGCCAGAAAGGUCCUUGUCCAGGGUCCAAAUCCCUUACUUAAUGCGCCAAUAAUGUAUGGUCCAACCAGAUAGUGCACACCCUCCUGACAGGAAGUCCUUGUUAGUAUUUAAUUAUAACUGGGUAAAUCCAUGUUGAAAGUUUGCCAGGUUUCGAACUUCGUUCCUUUGCUCAAUUCAUCUGGGUUUUUUAGUUCGAGCAAAUCUAAUGAGAAAUUCUUAUUCUCUGUAAGAUACCCCAACCGGGUUCCGUGAAAGGAAAUUGGCGUUGAAGCCUCAUUGCUAUCAUGCUACGGGUUUCAUUUGUAUCAAAUCACCCCUUCGCCGUGUUGGAUUCAAGAUUUUUCAUAUUUGCAUGGCGAUUCUUCUAUAUUACUCGAGAGCACAAUUGUAUCU